CUUUAAACUCAAAGGUGUAAAUUCAUUCAAAAUGGCUGAUCAAUAAAGUCACGUAAUUGGAGAUAUACAAUGGCUCUGUCAAAAGCACAAUUACCAGGUACAUCUCAACACUUCGUAGAGUGUGGUAUUGAAUACUGUGAGAGAAACUGUGAAUUUUACUUCAACCUUUGUGACACACGAUUAUGUAAACAAUGCAGGGGCACACAUCAAAGAAGUCCAGAGACAAAAAGCCAUGAAGUAGUCCUAUACCAACAACGAAAGCGACAAGUGCCCACAGAAAAAUGUAAGAUCCACCCCGCCAAGGAUUUAGAACUUCUUUGUGAUGACUGUAAAAGCCCUAUUAGUUCCAAAUGCACUGCCACCCAAGCACAUAAAGGUCACACAUUCACUGACCUGGAAUCAAUCUAUACAGAGAAGUUUUUCCAUUGUCAAAGAGAAAUUGCAAAAAUUCAUGACUAUUUCCUGCCAAUAUCCAAAGAUUUACAGAGAGAAAAUAAUGGAGAUGCCGAAGAAAUCAAGAAGAUAAUGGAAAACAUAAGAACCUCCUUGAAGGCUGAAGCAGAGUCCCUUAAAUGUCUGAUGGACUCUGUGACUUCUGAAAAUAUUGAAGAAGUAAACAAAAUAAAGCAGUCAUUACUGGAAAAAUUAAAUAGUCAAGAUAUAACCAUUGAGAAGUAUAUUACCUAUCUCAAUGAUCUGGAUAAAAAGUUCCAUGUUUAUUUGUCAUCUUUAAAACCUUCAAAACUUUUAACUGCAGAGGACAUACAAAUACAACGCGUACCAGAAGCAACAAAACCUGUGAUACCUGUAUUUAUUGCUGGAAAGUACAGCAAAAAAGAUAUUGCCAAAUUACUAGGCAGACUCUGGGUCAGUGAUAAUAAUGGUAACCUUGUCCAAACAGAUCUACAGGGGAAUCAGCUACAGAAAAUAAAAACUAGUGGUGUAAAUGGUUACCAUACCGUGACACUGGACGGAGAUCUGAUCUUUACAGACAUGGACAACAAAGUCAUUAAUAGGAUAACACUGGAUAACAAUAUUACCGAAUUCAUUAAAACAAGACACUGGAUACCAUUCUGCAUACAUUCCUCCCACACAAAUGGGGACUUACUGGUGGGGAUGGUGACAGGUGGAGAGGCUCAAGUCUCUAGGUACAACAAGAAAGGAAAAGAACUACAGAACAUACAGUGGGAUAACAAAGGACAAAGACUGUAUAGAUAUCCAAACUACAUCACAGAAAACAUCGAUGGCAAUAUCUGUACAUCAGACUAUGAUAAAAUGGCUGUAGUGGUGGUGAAUAAAGUAGGAAAACACAGAUUCUCCUACACAGGUCAGGAGUCAAACUUUCGUCCCCAUGGAAUCUGUACUGAUGUCCUCGGUCACAUACUGGUGUGUGAUCUGCAAAAUAUUCACCUCCUUGAUAAGGAUGGUCAAUUCUUAUCUCUACUAAUCACGCCAAAACAAGCAUCUUUUCCCAGUAGUGUAUGUAUGGAUGAUGAGAACAAUCUUUAUGUGGGACAAGAUAACAACACAGUUAACAUUAUUAAAUAUCUCCAAUCAACAAAUACAGAAUAGUGUGCUACUGUAUUUUUCACUAGAAGUUUG